CCCGCACGCGCGCGCUCGCGCGCGGAUCCAGCUGGCGUGCAUUCCAGGCGCACGCGGCGUAACGUCAUCGCGUGGCGCGUGCACACAGCCCGCCUGAGGUUAUGUUGAAGUAUGUUUAUCGCUCCGCGAAUAUACGCAAACAUCGCGGUAAACGCGACAACGUGACCUUUGGCCGAUCGGACGCGCAGUUUACUUCUCCGAUCGCAACGGUGCAAUGUCCUGCGCUGCACGCGCGUCGCGAUGAUUUAUUUUCAAACGUGCUGACGACGACCUGCUGGCCGAUAUAGUUUUUUAGUUAACAAUGAUAGACUGAUAUAGAACGUGCGCGGGCAAACUUCGUCAUGGCGAGCGUGAGGAACGAGGAUAGAACCGUGUUAGAAGCGGAGACUAUCUUCCUGUUAAUGAAGAAGGGCUUUCCCAUCUCUCGCAAUGUGAGAGCUCAAUGGCUGCUGGAGCAUUUGGACUCUGUGAUAAGUAUACAAUGUCCGAGUGUGAAAAAUAAGGAGGAGCCAGAGCUGGAGGUAGUGUCGGUGCUGCCGAGGGAUAAGCCUGUCACAUGGUCCACAGACACCAGCCAUCAAUUCCUAUAUAAAGUUGUUUCAACGACAUCAAUUGUAUUCCUAGCGCACAAGUACAGGAUGGUCUUUAGCUUAGAUUUAAGUCCGUCGCUUGCCACUGUUGACGUGCAGAACGGAGAGAUUGUCAUUGAUGAAGUGUGUCUGGCGACGAGACGAUGUCUGGAAGGUAUAACCAGACCUUUUACGAUACCAGGCAGCAGACGCGUGAUGCAGCCGGAAAUUUAUGUGACUGUGAUAGCUCAUACGCCAUUCUUUACGAGCCCGGCGCAGCAAGUGCUAGUACAAGGAUGGCUUAUCACUGCGGACAACGUGAAUUCCCUCACGCAAUACGUAGAAAAGCAGUUGUACCUGUUGGAGGAGAGAGUGGCGGCCGUCACGGCCAUAGCUAAUCAGCAGUUAGAAAAUUUAAGGGCAGAGAGCGAGCGUUUGGUAGGGCGGCUUUUUGAGGAAAGUAGCAACUGCUUGAACAAAAAUAACUGUAAUAUCUCCAUAGUGUCGCCGGAAGCCAGUUUUGUAAAUAUGCUGAGGUACGGGAUGCUGGCUUUGACACUUUUACCCGAGCACAGCUGUGCACAUAUGGUAAUCGUCACGGACGGUAUCGUCGGAAUCAAGAAUGCCCACACGUUGGAUUCCAUUAUACAGCAGCUGCGCGCAACGACAGUCGCGUGUAGCUUUUUGCGCGUAGGUAGCGCGUACGAUCCACAUUGCGCGGACGGUUUGGUGCCAAAUCAAGAUCUGUUGUAUUUCAUCGCCGCGGCUACGCUCGGUAGUUACAUGUCCUUCACUUCACACGUGAUACCUGUACACGGGACAGAUAUGAAUCUUUAUCAUAAACAUUUUUUAUGUUGGCAACUAUACCGCGACGUAUCGGACGACGAUACCUCGGAUCGUCACUGCUGGCGAACUGAAAAUAAUUGCUUUCAUGGACACAAAAGCGGUCAACUGUUGAAGAAAAAACAGAUUGACGACAAAGUUACUUGUACUUUAAGCAGUCUGCUGUGUUGUCGUCUGAGAGAAGGAUAUCUAAUAAAAAGGGCUAGCGUACGAGACGACAUUCUUGAAAUAAAUUUUGUAUUAUUAUGGAAAACCAACGUUUCCUUGGAAUAUUCAGUAACGUGUCCAUGGUCCUCAAAAUCAUUAUCUCUAUCCAACGUGAUACAAUAUACCAUUACCAUAGAAGCGCCAUACGAAUUUUUACAUGACAUUACAUGCCUGUCAAAAAAACCAUUGAACUCGCAUUAUCGCCAAGGUGUUAUCUCUCGUUUUUGGACGGCGCUGACAUCGUUAACAGAAAGCGACAAUACGUUAGCACACUUCAGUUGGUUUCCGGGAUCCGGAUGGACUUGGUACAGUGUACCUGACACCAUCAGAAGCGGAAUGCCUGUGUUUUACUUAUCGUCUUAUCCAUCGCCAAGUACAGUACAGCUUAGUGACGCCGCCUGCCCGCAGUUUGGACAGAUAUGGCAACCGGUUGUCUCUUUGGACCCGCUUCAGUGGGCGCGUUGGAUGCACACUCAGAGGAUUACGUUGAUUCUAGCUUACGACAGACCGUUGCCGAGACAUCUUCAUCAAGCGAAUCAGAGCGGCCGUUUCCAAUGCGUUCAGAGCCGGCAAGCGGCGGCCGUGUUGUACGCUAUGUUGAAAAACUGGGCGACUUUUGUACUAGUCGAGAAUCACACGUACGUCCAGUUCAUAUACAGAGAGGCGGAGAAGCCGCCGGUGUCAUUCUCAUUGAUUCGCAUUAAUUGCAAAGCGCUCUGCGUCGUGCUCAAUAUAGCAUUCGCCGGCGGCACCGAGGGCGUCGUCCGUCACAACGUAGUUGUAGACCUCGUGGACAGACUGUCCAAGCUCACGUUGCCAAAUAGGCCGACGGAGCAACGUGAGAUUCCGUGUUGCACGAUAAUACAUAAAUCGCUCGAGCGAAUUCUCGUGCGAUACGAGCGUAUACCGAGCAAUUUGAGUAUGGUGGUGUUUCCUGACGGAACUCAGCCGACCAGCACUAGAACUGCACUGGGAGGUAGUCUAACAACUACCCUGUCCAGAUAUUUAUACCACAAUCGUUGGUUGUGGCACGUGAAACGGCCGUUCGUUCAGACCAUCCCGGGAAUUACUUUGUCCAGACUAAAUAUCACUGCGAUCGCGAGAAUACUCUCUACAAUUACGAAAAUACGUUUAGGAGAGGGCUUUAAUUUCGCGUAUUCGGCAGCUGGUAUUACAAACAUGGUGUUAGAAGUGCAAAUGCAGGGCUUCGGGAACGACGAGAAUUCUUAUCCGUGUAUUAUUCAGUACGUUUUAUUUCCGCCGCAUGUUGUGCCCAAUGCAGCAUUAGAACGUGAUAGCAGUACCGAAGAUGACACGGAAGAAGGUAUCGCUGAGGCGGAAGUAUGGACCGAAGAUUCCGAAGGGUACAGCGAUUUUCAAAUCGUCACAGAGGUUUGGGUCGAACCACAAUGUGGCUAUGUACAAAUGCCUACACAGUCGAGUGCUAUGUAUAUGCAUCCUCUGCAGUAUCAUCAAUUACCAGAUGCAAUUGCCCGAAUAGACGAGGAAUGUAUUAACGCUCUAUUGACCCUAGAAUACUUGAGCCUCUUGUGCCAAGUAACACCGGUGGAAAAAGAUACCGAGAUUGUGUUCGGGCAAGCGCACCAAGGAGUCAAGUAUCACGGUGUCGUGGGCGCGUCCACGGAUCGUAUCUCGGAAUGUCCAAAUCCGACCGAGCCCUUCGAAGCGACGCCGAUCAUCGAUGAGAGGAUACAUCCCAUGUACUUCUCCUUCGACACGCUGAGCAUUUUGUCAAAGUGUCAGCAGGCGGAACUCUUGUUCUCGAUGUUCGCCGAUGAUUCCGUACAUAUCGAUGAGGAUAGAGAUAGCGCGAAUAGAAUUCUUAUGGGAAACUUUCUGGAACAUAUGAAACAAUUGCACAAUAAAGAGCUGUUGCUUACGUCGGCGGAAUCGCAGAGGUUCACUAAAAUGCUUCUUAACAGGCCACGCGAGAAUGUUCCACCGUUACCUUUCUUUAUGCAAAGAGAGAAGAAUUGUAGAGAUGACGUAUCAGAUAUUUAUCCGAGGUGGAAGUGUUUCGUUAAAGGAAUUAGCACGACGCACGUCAUUAUCACAAUAUUACCGGCAACUGAAAAAGAUGUCCGCUUGAUAAUGUACACGGGCGAUAAUUGCACAAGUAACAAUUCCGAGAAGAAUUGCGAUUCCGACAUUUUCGACCUCGAUAUGAACGAAAAGGUAUCGUCUCCAACAUUGUGCCCGGAGAAUUUACCUGACUUUCUCUCACUGGAACGCAGGGAGUCAAAAAUUUCUAGUCAAUCCACCACCGCAAAUAGCACGUCGAAAGCUAAUGUAGACCAUCAUAAUUUUGAUAAUGUCGACACCGAGGGAAACCUCGUUAUACCUGUAUACGUGUAUGAUUGUUCGCUAGCAUUAUUAAUUGAUGCACUGGUCGGCCAAUUGCAAACACCUCAGAAUAAGGACAUCUAUCAGGAUCACACUUUUAAGAUCGGAGAGCAAAUUUCCGAAGAUUUCGUUAGUCUCAAAUCAGAAAACAAUACAAAACCUUCGUCUCCGGAGCCAAAGAGUGAAGACUCUGACAAUAUUUCUAGUGAUCAACGAAGUUUGAUGGAGCAUUGCAAAUUGUUGAGCUUAGCACAUUGUCAUUGCUACGUGGUCGCGGUUUAUAAAUCACUUGCACUGCAACAAUCAUUAAGCUACGAGGACAUGGAGGCUGCCGUGGCACAAUGCGAGGAAAAUCUGAUCGAGAUUAAUAUUACAAAUUAUUUACGAUCGGUAUGCAGGCAUUUGAGCAUGUUGCCGGAAGGCGAUCUGCUGAAUCAGUUGAAAAUCUCCGCGUGCAACGAUGUUAAACCAUUACACAGUUUGAUAAAAAAUAAAUUUAAAAAGAUCAUGGCAGUCGCAUUCAGGCCUGUACCUGCGCAUCCAGAAUUUUACUACUGUUUACCGUCGUGGAUGUCAGAAAAAAUGGAAGUGGUGUCACAGAGAACAGAUAGCGAUGACGAUCUAGAUGACUUUACAUGUCACUCUGAAAUGCCAGCUCCAAAAACAGAUAAUUCUUCUAAUCAAGUAAGUCAAGCUGUCAAUAUUACAUGGCCGGUUACAAAUCUUCAUAACAACGAGAAGCUGUCCCAUUCCAACUCCAAGGACUCGCUUAUCAGCGAUUUUGACGAGGAAAACACGUGGCACAUGAAAGAUCAGCCGCUCUUCUUACACUUGAGCUGUUCGAUUCGUUUCCGCUCCGAGCUCUCCAGUAUACCCGUCAAAGUGAUGCCCACUUGCUUCACUGAGAUCGUCCAAAGGAUUAAUGACGGCAAGGAAAGGAAUCUUGCUGAAUUAAGCCUGGACGAUCUGAAGGUUACUUUGGAUAUCAUUUGUUUGAGCCUCCCAAGAGAAGUGUUAGAGGUGUCGUUGGAACGUUAUCCUGCAUUGAGAACGACGUCUUACUGCAGCGCUUCGACGUUCGGUAGCGUGCCGAGCGGUAGCAGCCCGAGUACAAAUGCGAAGACCGACUCGAUGCAGGAAAGAAUGCCGCAGCUGCCGCAGCAUCAUGCGGUAAUCAGCUUGAGGGAUGAGAUCGAGUGGCUGUUGCGAGACGAGACUGCGACGGCACUUCUGGAUCACCCUUCACCGAAUGCAAACACGUUGAAGUUUAUAGCACAGCACGUGUCGGAAUCUACCGGAAGAUCCAGUUGCUCGAUGGAUAAAGUACCUUUGCAUUUUGUUUUCCCAUCAGAGAGCAGCGCACCGAAAUUUUUGAAGGAGUUGAAAAAUCUCGAGAUUGACAAGUACUGCAUUUGCCAAGAGGCCGAUUUAUUUUACUUCGUUAAGAAACCGGAAAUAAUAGUACCUGAUACAGAAGCGGAUAUAUUACAUGUAGAUGUAGAGGAACAGCUAUUAAAAGAUGAUGAAAGCGUUGAAAAUAUGGAGCAAGAAGAAAUACCUACUACAAUACAAAUAAACGGACAAGAUUCUGGAGAUGCGCCGGGUUAUUACUCUGAAAUAUCAAGUAUAGCCGAAGGAAAACACGGGACUGAUGAUGGAUAUGAAGGCGACAGCAGUAAUUCUGAGGAUGAUUAUCAGUGGUUGAUACAACUUGACAAACGUAGAGAUUGUUUACCCAAUUUCUGGCUAAUUAUGAAUGUUGAAAAUAAUCAUGUUAAUGUCUAUUUUCACUGCAGAUUUUUGGAACUCUCUUCGCCAGAAGUGGACAGUUAUUCGCAAAUACAGAAAAUGCUGCUCGCUCAAAUCAAAGCCAUAUGCCGGCGUGUAAAUCAAUAUUUACUUUUACAAAAUCUUCACGACACUCGCAUAUGUGAUCUACUGUUGGAACCCGAAUCCACCGAGGAUUAUAAUGCCUGGCGAGAAACCGGCGGUGAGUCUGGAAAUCUUUUCCAGAAUCACAGUUCUUCAACAUCGAAUGUUACACCAGGCAUGUUCAGAUGCCCCGUCAUUUGGGAGGAACCCUUCAAUCUGCAUCCUCGCUUAAAAACCGGACCUGGAAGAUCCGGAUUAUCGAGAGGGAUCAAAGCGUUGCACGGCGUGCUUAACAGACUCUCCGUUAAUAAUCGAAAUAAUAUGUUCGUAUACCAGGAGAACAACGAGAAUGUAUUUUAUCUGCGACUUCACGAGCAGAUGAACGACGUUAAACCUUUGCAGAACAAAUUAUCCGAGAGCGACGAAAAGUUAGUUGUCUCGCGCAGUAAUAGCAUCGCGUCCUUGUCGCAGGCUAAAGGCAUCGGCCUGGUGAACGAUCAUGUAAUAGCGAACGACACCAGGCCUAGAGUUCGCUCGUUCGGUGAAAAAGAGUCCGAUAUCUUGAACAGAACUGGCGAUUCGAUUAUCCUGAUGGUACACGGGAUAUCGGAAGCUGGUCCGGAAGUCAAACGGGAUUUAGUUCAAGUAUUGCAAAAUCGUCUCGAUGACGCGGUGCUGAAAGUGCUGUCUGAGAUGCUGGCACGUAAUCCGAUGUGCAAGCUGACACCGGCGGACGUGCACUUCAUACAAAAACCGUACAAGUCUCCCGAGUGUAUAGUGCAAUUAUCAGUGCAGCCGCACUGCUUACGACAUAUGGAUGCUCUAGGAUAUUAUUUGAGGCAAAAUAUACUGCAAUUUUUGUAUACGCCGAAAUAUACGGAUCUCGGCGCGCACUAUCAUUUCCAGGAUUACACCCCGUUAGACGGCACCAGGAAGAGAGUAUCCGAAUCCGAUAUCUUUUUGUAUAAUCAAAGCCACUCGAGUGGUAGCAAAGGUAUAGCUUGCAUCGCGUUAGCCAUCACCGACGGCAAGGGAGAAUCAGCAGCGUACCCGAAUGACUCGAGUGACGAAUCGAAAUUCGACUUUCCUAAGUUGUUGAGAGUCGAGAAUUUUGAGAGCAUCGUAUCGACCAACGUUUACAAUCAUAAAAGCGAUUCUAAACCGAGCGCGCAAACAUUGAUCGAAUUUCGAAUCUGGAAGCAAGGCAGAGUCAACCUGGAGUCCUUAAUUCUGAAAUUGUCAUCCGCGGUGAAACAUGGUACAUGGGACUUGGUCACGGAGUACAAUCUUCUAGCGACUCCCCUGACGGAACCGAUAAUUAAUCCUUCGACAGCGGUCGGAGAAAUUACGGAAAACAAAGAAGUUCCGACGCCCGUAAAGGCGUCACAGUCACAAAAAGUUUCCGAGAAUUUAACGAUUAAUCCGUACGAGCUCGGCGAGAAAGGAAAAUUGGAUGAAACUUAUCACACUACGCUGGCACGCUGGUUUCAGUUUGCGCUGGAAAUGGGGGUUCCCGCCGUUAAGAGGCACGAGGUGGUCAUUCACCAUAGGCACGCGAUUCCCGUGAUUGUGAGGGAACUGCAGAAUCUCAUACGCAGUCAGGAUCCAGACACGUCUAGCAAAGUUUUCGUUUUACAAGAUCGACAACCAUUCUUAAAUCAAUUUGUUGUCUCGCAUAAAACUGGCUCCGCGCCCAAGUGGUCCGACAAUGUUCGAAACAGUUCCGAUCAGUCGUUAGCAGAAAAUACGGAUCAAGAGGACGUAAAUUCACCCGUGUACGUGCCACACGAGUUUAACAAAGACGAACAAACUGCCUACAUCAAAUGCAUUUUGAUCGCAAGGAAUUUUCAUCAAUGGAAGGCAUCUCUGGGUAAAGAAAUAGACCCGGAACUGCUUGCUCCUAAAGAUCAAAAACAAUUGCAAAAAUUUAAUCCCCUGAUAUCGGAAUCGAAUUUUGUGCCUAGGCAGAGAAUAUUGUUAGCUGAAAUACUAAGUGACAAUAUAAUCAUUUAUAUGUACAACUGGUCCAAGGAAAAGUCGGAAAAGUUGAUAAAACAAACGACAAAUUUAGGCACAUGGCUCUCUUCUAGAUCGAGUCUAUUUACCAACAUAAUCAUGCAGAAGUUGGGUAUAUUUCAUCACAAGCUCACCCGAGAACCUCAACAGAGAACUGAACACGGGUCUCAAUAUUACCAGAUCAACGAUAUGGAAAGUCUAGCAAAAUUUCCAAGUCAGUCGAACGCCGAUAGCAAAGACUGGACGCGAUCGAGCAAUCGAGCGCAAUCGAAGAACAACGCGUUUUCGUGGGUACAGGUGGUCGGGCAAGCGAUGCGCGACGCGAAACCGAGCGCCUCGCAUUCUCACAACACGACGGACACGAUCGUGAAAGCUGCCUACGACUUGCAGGAUCUACGGCAUCGAGAAAAGAAGAUCAAAGAGGAUCUGGACAAGCUGUACGCGAUGUGGCAGAGCCGCACGUCUAACAUACCGAUAUCGCUGACCGCUUUAAACACGUUCAAGCAACACUCUCGUUUAAUACACUUCUGCCACACGCCGCUCCUCUUUUUGCCGGCCUGGCGUUUGCAGUCCGCCGCCACGAGGGAUCACUCGUUGACGCCGCCGCAGUCGUCGCACUUUGCCUUGAACGGCAGCGCGCACGAACAGUCAUCGCAAGCGGCGCAGUCGAAACAGGAGGUGAUGAACGCGAUUAUGAUAAAAUGGCAUCAAGAGCUCUGCAAGUCCAUGCUGUCCGAAUAUAAGCAGUAUCUGCAGAUUCUAGGCUUCAAUCCGAUCCAAGUGGAGUCGCCGCAUAAAACGGACGAGGAGCACGUGCAGCAGCAGUCUUAUUAUCUCAAGAAGUCGAUGCUGGGCGGUAUUUUACUGUUCGAAGUACACCUGUCGCAGCCGUUUUUCAUCGUAAAGUUGCAUAUCAUUGAGUGCAAUCGCUUGCAAACGAAGACGAGUAGCGGUAUGGUGAACCAAUUUGUAUUGAGCUUCGUGGACAUUUGCGACAAGAUUCAAAUCAACAUGCAUCUGCAUUCGUUCACCUACGAUUUUCACUUGCGUUGCAUUCACUCCUACAUAGCUGGAACUGGAUUGUGGUCCUUGCAGCAGGGUUAUCAUCUCACUCACUUUAUGGAUGACUUCAUCAAAUAUUACAGCAAGGCACCGAAUUACGCCAGGAAUCUGAUCUACAGCGAUGUGAUAACAAUACACGAUAUAGCGAUACCCGCACGUACGUUAUACUCCUAUUUGCUUUCACACGAGAAAGUAUACGGCAUGCGCGUGUUCGUGAUGUCGGGCGAGCUCCAGGAGUCUCACGACAACGAAUAUGUCCUGAUUAAACUGCAAAGUACUCCCUUGGUUAGCUAUUGCGACGCCCACGAUACGAAGUGCACAGAUGACUUCGACGUGGCGUUGAUCGUGUCGCGCAUGGAGCAGUCGCCGCAAAUCGAGAGGACCGAGAUCACUUUGAAAUAUUAUCUGAUGUUGACGAGCAAGAGGGAAUUGUAUCCAAAGAGGGAAGUGGAGAACAACAAGUUGGGCAAGUUUAGGACCGUGUACAGCGUUGGGAAACCCUCCACCUCGUAUACCGAGAGCCCUGUGGAAUCCAGUUCCGUUUCGCCAACACCGUUGUUCGCGAGGGGCAAUUCCAGGACGGAAUUGUUGAGCGUCGAUCAGCAGGAGAGGAAUCUCGACUCCACGAACGACGGGAUCGUUAAAGAUACUGACGUCAAUACGGCGAGCUAUAACGUUUACAACAAUUCGGCCCCGACGCCUCCACCGGUCCCAAAUUCUCCACUGGCGCAAAACUCCAACAUCUCGAGCACAGCCUCGGACGCGUCGUCGUCGUCGUCGCCGCCGCACUUGGUGCAGAUUCGCCAGGAAUCGGUGAACUACCUGGGCUAUUACUCGUCGCACGAGCAGCUCAUGCAACAGAUGAUCAUGGCCCAGGCGAAGGCUGCCCGUCAGCACAUAACGAAUAUGGUCGAGCGCGGCGCGCUGCAGUGCCGCACGCAUUUACUCUGGGACAAACUACUGGAGAGCAAGACCUCGAUGACGUAUACCGAAUUCAGCGAGCUCUGCUCGUUGGCCCACAUCGAGCCGCUCUCGAAUCUGGACGCUAGGCUAGGUCCGCUUGUUAAUCAGCCGGUCUCGUGGUAUCAGGCGUUGUCCAAGGUGUUGCAGAACAAAUAUCAGGAGCAUCACAAGCAAUUUAUUACCUCCGACGGGAAUGUCACUCAUCAUCUCAUACUGCAUCCGACUCUCCUUCAAGCGUUCAUGAUGCUGACCAUUGACAUGCACACAUCGAGAGGAGAUUUAUGCGCCGUUUAUCGGAAAUCCACGGAGAUUAACAUGCCGAUGAAUAUGGAAGACGUGUACGCCUUGGUCGAGGGCUUCGUUAACGCCUGUUGCUUCCAUUUAUGGAUGGGCCUUUGCAGCCAGUGAUAACAUUUGUGACGCCGUGUGUAUGUAUGUACAUACAACGCAAUGGCACAUUGCUUGUGAAAAUAGCGUACUUACAAAAUUUGUUAUGUACAGUGUGUUGCAUAGCGAAUUAUGGCUGCGUUCCGUAUUCACGCUUUUGGCGCUUACAGCGCGCACGAAAUUGUUUCAUUCUUAUUGUUUAUCAAAUGUUAAACAAGUCAUGCUCAUAGCGCGUGAACGUUAAAGCGGAACGCAGCUUUAAGGUCUAUCUACAUCUAUCGUAACGCUGCGAUCUUAAGUGAUCGUGGUCGUAAGGGAAAAGCUAUCGUAAACAAUGUCUUUCUACAUAAAUCGUAAUGCUAAUAGGCAAUAGUGAAGUAGGGAAUCUGUCGCGUCGAAAUGUAUCGUAAUAGUUGAAUUUGAGUCAACUCGUACGAUAAGACUGACAGGUUAACGUUGCGAUUGUCGUAACGAGCUUACGAUAGAACAUUACGAUAGAUGUAGAUGACCUUUAUAUCAUUCUGAACGCGCGAAUCAAUGUUCUAAUUGCUAAUAUAUAUGGAUUAUUACACUUAUACGACUUUGUAAAUAUGAAAUAUAUAUUUUCACGUUACAUACAUUAAUUCUCAUGUAAUUAAUCGAACAAUAAUUUAUUCGGUAAUACAUAAAAUUAAGCUAAUUUUAAAGGGAGACUAAAAAUGUGUAAUAUUACGCAGCUUUAUUCGAUAUUCGUCUACUCAGGAAACUCGGAAGUUAGCAAUUAAGGAAUAAUCUGUGCAAUAACAAAAGAAUGCAAUUGC